CGUAGUACAUUAGACCAAAGCAGUAAAAGUUGAAAAAAUGUACAAAUCUGAACGUUUAAUUCGGGCUGUGUCUUCGUGCAAUAUGCAAUUUCGAAACAAACAUUUAAUUGCUUUUGGAAAAAGAAGCAUUUUGAGAACUAGCACUUUUCACAUCCAGUCAGCUGUCAGUAACAAAAAUGUAAACAUUCUGGCCAACACGUAUUCAACAUCAAGUGAGAAAAACGCAACACCGUUAGAUAAACUUAUCAAGCGAUACGAUGAUUUCUCAAGGAGACAUAUCGGGCCAAAUUCUACCGAAGUUCGAGCUAUGCUAGAUAUAAUUGGAGUAAAGGACUUGGAAGAAUUAACUCAAUCAGCUGUUCCUGAAGACAUCCUUCUAAACAGAGAUUUGAAGCUGGAUGAGCCACUUGGAGAGUUUGAGCUACUGACUCGCCUGAAAGAAAUUGCUUCAAAAAAUCAGGUGUGGAGAAGCUACAUAGGACAAGGCUACCACGGCACAUACACUCCAACCCCAAUUCUUAGAAACAUUUUUGAAAAUCCAGGAUGGACCACACAGUACACACCUUAUCAAGCAGAGCUGGCUCAGGGAAGAUUGGAGAGUCUCCUCAACUACCAGACAAUGGUCACAGAUUUGAUGGCCCUGCCCGUGUCCAAUGCAUCGCUGCUGGAUGAAGGCACAGCGGCUGCUGAAGCUGUUUCUCUUUGCCAAAGGCAGAACAAAAGAAAGAAGUUUUUUGUUGACUCCAAGUGCCAUCUGCAGACUAUUUCUGUUGUUAAGACAAGAGCUGAACCUCAAGGGAUGGAAGUUGUAGAAGGAUCCUGGCAGGCUGUAGAUUUCAGUAAAGGAGAUUUUAGCGGUGCUUUAGUUCAGUACCCAGACACUGAUGGAACUGUUCACGACUUCUCUUCUUUUGUUGACGCAGCCCACAAACAUGGGACACUGGUGGUGGCAGCAUCAGACCUGUUGGCUGUAACACUCAUGAAACCUCCAGGCGAUGUUGGAUUUGAUAUCGCCAUAGGAACAAACCAAAGGUUUGGUAUUCCAAUGGGCUAUGGAGGUCCACACGCUGGAUUUUUUGCCUGCAGGGAAAAAUUCAUGCGCAUGUUGCCAGGGAGAGUUGUUGGGAUAACUAGAGAUGCUGCCGGUAGAAGAGCCCUACGUCUUGCCUUACAAACCAGAGAACAACACAUCAGGCGAGAUAAAGCUACUAGCAACAUCUGUACUGCUCAGGCACUGCUGGCAAACAUGUCUGCUAUGUAUGCUGUUUAUCAUGGACCAAAAGGUCUUCAUCACUUUGCUCAGAAAGUUCAUCACGGAGCUUUACUUCUGAAUGAAGGAGUUAAAAGAAGUGGACAUAAAGUAAAUUCUGAAGAAUUUUUUGACACUGUCAAGUUUCUACCCAAGAACGGACAGGCUGAAAUAAAGAAAAGAGCAGAGGAGAAGAAAAUAAAUUUACGUUACUUUGAUGAUGGACAGGUCUCUGUGUCUUUAGAUGAAACUGUAACACAGAAAGACAUAUCUGAUCUUUUGUACAUUAUUGGUUGCCAAGUUACUGCUAAUGAUCUGGCCAAAGAGGUAGGUGAGGCACCUGCCAACAGCCUAGAAAGGGGAAAAUUUGCCAGGACAUCCAGCUACCUAACACAUCCUGUUUUCAACACAUAUCAUUCAGAAACUAGGCUCGUCAGGUACAUGAAGAACUUGGAAAAUCGUGACUUGUCAUUGGCUCAUUCGAUGAUUUCUCUGGGAUCCUGCACCAUGAAGUUGAAUAGUACAACAGAGAUGAUGCCUUGCUCCUGGCCAGAGUUUGCAAAUCUCCAUCCAUUUGUCCCUAAAGAACAAGCUAAAGGCUACCAGUUGAUGCUGAAAGAGCUAGAACAGGAUCUGUGUGAAAUCACUGGCUAUGAUAGAAUUUCAUUCCAACCUAACAGUGGUGCCCAGGGAGAGUAUGCUGGCCUCAGGGCUAUCAUGGCCUAUCUUAAGUCCAUUGAUCAGCAACAAAGAAAGGUAUGCCUGAUUCCUGUAUCUGCCCAUGGCACCAACCCUGCAAGUGCCCAGAUGGCAGGCAUGAAGAUUCAACCCAUCAAUGUAGACAAAAAUGGGGCUGUUGAUGUCAGGCACAUGAAGGAGAAUGUGGAAAAGUACAAGAAGGAGCUGGCAUGUUCUAUGAUUACUUACCCAUCAACCCAUGGUGUGUUUGACAAAGAUAUCAGGGAAAUUUGUGAAAUGACUCAUGAAUUUGGUGGACAAGUUUACCUCGAUGGAGCCAACAUGAAUGCACAGGUUGGUAUCUGCCGUCCUGGUGAUUAUGGUGCAGACGUGUCCCACUUGAAUCUCCACAAAACUUUUUGUAUCCCACACGGAGGUGGUGGCCCUGGCGCAGGACCAAUUGGCGUCAAACAACACCUGGCCCCUUUCCUUCCCAGUCACCCAAUUGUGCCACUAGAGGGCACUGACUCAACCUCGUUUGGUAGUGUUUCAUCUGGGCCGUAUGGAUCAAGCUCUAUCCUACCUAUAUCCUGGGCCUAUAUAAAAAUGAUGGGAGCUAAAGGUCUGAAGAAAGCAUCACAAGUGGCCAUUUUGAAUGCCAACUACAUGAGCAAAAGGCUGGCUGGCCAUUACAAGACAUUGUACACUAAUGAAAAAGGUUUCUGUGCUCAUGAAUUUAUUAUCGACUGCAGAGAUUUCAAGAAAACUGCUAAUGUAGAUGCUACUGAUAUUGCCAAAAGACUGCAGGAUUAUGGUUUUCAUGCCCCAACAUUGUCAUGGCCUGUUUCUGGUACCUUGAUGAUAGAGCCCACAGAGUCUGAGGAUAAAUUAGAACUGGACAAUUUCUGUGAUGCUCUUAUUAUGAUUCGAGAUGAAAUUCGUGCUAUUGAGCUUGGGCAAUGGGGAAGAGAAUGCAACCCAAUCAAGAUGGCACCACACUCCCAGGCAGAUGUCCUGAUGGGUAAAUGGGACAGGCCAUAUUCUCCAGAAUCAGCAGUCUUUCCAGCAGCAUUUGUUCAACCAAGCACCAAAUUUUGGCCGACUGUCUCACGUAUAGACGACAUCUAUGGGGACCAACACCUGAUGUGCACCUGCCCAGCAGUGACUGACUAUAACUCAGCUGAUGAGGACAAAGUGGACUCGUCAACUUUAUAAACUUUCUCAUUGAAAAAAGUGGUGGAAAAUAGACAUUUCUCAAUUAAUCCUUUGAUACUUUUAAAAUCUCUGAAAACAAGUAUGAUAUUCUCAUUAUGGUAAAUUUACAGUAUUGGCUAAUAUUUUCUGUAUGAAUUAGUUAUUGGUUUAUUUUUACAAAUAGAUUAUAUUUGAAAGCUAAUCUCCUUCCAGGUAUUGUAUCCAUGUUUAUUGUUUGAUAUUCUUUACUUGUGCAAUGGUUUACUUUCUGGUUGAUGUGUUGAUGAAUCAGGGCAAACUAAAUAAAAGUGCCUUUUUUUACUUACAUUUAUUGUAUUAGCAAACUUUUGUGGAAUACUGUACAUUUUUAUGUUCUAAUAUUUUGUUAAAGUUUCUAAUACUUCUUGGUGCAAAAGUGUACUUUAGCUUGUAAAAAAAAAAUGGUAAAAAUGGAUACACACUUAUUCUUCAGUACAUUUCUUUUAGAUGAUUGAUGUAUGUUUUUUUCUCGAAUUAAGCUGAGUAUUGUACAGAAGUUGAAGGUGUGAAUGUGUGUAAACUGAUUUUUUGUAGGAUAAAAAUCGCUUAAUAAAAAUACUCUAGUUAUUGUAAUUGUACAUUAUUUACUUCAAAAUUUAGCAUUUACCAAAAUUAUUUUAAGUUCAUAUAAUUAAAAAAUUGGAAAUAAAUUUGCCAGAUAAAUCAACUGCUUAUUUAAAAUAUUGUCAAUGUUAGAAAUUUAUUUAUUUGUAUACAUUAGAAGAUGAAAGUUUUGAUAUUAUGCAAUAUAUAUAAGUAUUAACUAAAAUACUUCAUACCCAUUUAUUUUAAAUGGUGCUAUGAUCUUUGUCAUAAAAAUCCACAGAAUUGUUUUUGUAAGAUAUUAUGCUCAUCUUUUAUUUUAUUGUGGUAUCUCCAAUGUUGUUUUCUACAUAUUUUCAUGAUGCAAACAAUAUUGACAACAGACCUGCAUAGUUUAGCAAAGUAUUCAACUUGAAAAAUAAAGUAAAACAUUUCAGCAAGUCUUCAGAUUCUACAAAAUACAUUUUUAUAAGACAUUCCAGUAGAACUAGUUUAUUAGUUGAAUGAGUUAGGUUAAUAGUCGCACCUCAUAAUUUAACAGUCAUAAAACCAUUUAUAUCCGGCAGAAUGUUGUAUAAAAGCUAAAUUUAUAACAAUUCAUUUUUUUGUGUUGGUGGUUACUGGGUCUCAGUAAACAGACUUUACAUUUUUAUUUCAAUUGAUAUUGAAGCUUAACUUUUAUCCACAUUUUCCCCCACAUUAUUAUUGUCCACAUUUUUCCUUUUUAUUAUAUUACAUUUUCAAAGAUUGUCUCCAUUUUAAAAUACCUCAUAUUCUAUAUGUUAUUGUUAUAAAAACAUGUUAUUUAGAAUUAAAUACAAUGUAUAAUGGCAAAAUGAAACAUGUUGCUUUUUAUAUAGCAAACUAUUUUUAAAUAAAAACAUUUUUUUUAAUUAUAAGAAUGACUUGACCUAGUCAAUGGUUUCCCAUUCAUUAUAAAGUUGUUACAUUUAUGUCAAGACUGGUAAUUGCCUGUGUGGAAAUUAUUACAUCUUCAAAUAAACUUGGUUCAA